AAAUAGGGAUAGUCCUGGCUGCAGCUCCUGUACAGAGUCUCUGAGCCUCUGGGCGACUGUAGCUUUCGCUUCGCUAGUCACGCUCCUUCUUCAUCCCGAGGAGUUGCGCUUGUGGUUGACAUCCUACCGACGACGCCAACGAUCCCUUUGCCCCCUGCCACCCAGAUUUACAGACCUUCAUGGAGGUAUGGACGUGCCUUCCAGGGCAAUGUGGGGGAAAGAAUGGCUGUGUGACUACCAAUCACUCACCCACCACCAACACCCUCCCCUGCCGUGUGGCCUUGGCAUUGGAGUAUAAAUUCAGAAGGCUGGGUGGUUGUGUCUGAGAGACUGUGGCCUUCUCUGACACAAAGUGAGACGACAGGGAGUGAUCCUGACGAACUAAGACGGGAAAUCUUACAAGCACAGUAGGAGUGGAGGAGUCCAGAAUGAAGACGCAAACUCAACACUCGCAAAGCAGCAGGAAUACCUGAAACGGCAGAGAGAUGCUAUCGCAUACAGAAUGAAAAAAUUGUCAGCCAAACAGACAGAUAUAAAUAAAAAGACAGACAAACUGAAGGAGAAGAUCAAGAAGAAAUAUGAGGACAUGAAGCGUGUGUUAGACGAGGACCUGCGCAUUACGCUGACUCAGUUGGAGAUGGAGGCCGAGGCCACAGAGAGGGUGAUCGAGGACCACAUGGAGCAUUGCUACGCACUGACACAAGACAUUGACCGCGAACUGUCAGAACUUAGUGUCCGGCUGGAGAAGCAGCUAAGCUACGACAAGGACACGGUGGAGACAGAGGGAAGGAUUGCGGCCAUGCUAAAGCAGACGGACCCCGAGCUUAUUCAGAUGGACGAGUUCAAGAAUGAGCAGCUCAUCAGCCUGACCAUCAACCUGCUGUUAUUCAUUCGCUCACAAGUGCCUGUCACAAAGAAACUCUUCCAAAGUUAUGCCUCAGAGGUUGUCCUUGACCCAAACUCAGCCCAUCCCAAACUGAUCAUCUCCCCUGAGGGCAACUCGGUCACCUACACCGACACCUGGCAGGAGGUCCCGGAGAACAAUUCCCGCUUCGACACCACCCUCAAUGCCUUGAGCCGGCACGGCUUCCAUGAGGGCCGCAACUACUGGGAGGUGCAGGUGGUUGGCAAGACCUACUGGGAGCUGGGCAUCACCUACCCGAACAUCCCCAGGAAGGGCAAGGAGGAGCACUGCUGGCUGGGCCGGGGCUCCGACUCCUGGUGCGUGGAGUUCUUCAACGGCAGCUACAAUGCAUGGCACCGGGGCGUGGCACACACGCUGACCCACGUGGAAGGUCGGAGCUUCACGCGUAUCGGGGUGUUCUCCAGCUUUCCGGGGGGGCUGGUGUGUUUCCUCGGCGCGGACACCAUGACGCCGCUGUACUGCUUCUGUGCGGGGACGUUCACCGACAAAUUGUUCCAGGCCGUCUGCCCCGGAGACGACAACCAGGGGACCAAUUGGAAGCCUUUGCAAAUAUGCGACGCUUCUAGGUCUGGUCCCACUCUGUGAUGGACAGUCUGGCCACCGAACCACAGAGUUUCUGGCAUCGAGUGAUUUGAGUGAGUGAGUGAUCUGUGACCAGUUAACAAGGUGAUACUGCCCACCAUGACAGAGAGACUGUACAUUGGGGUAUACUGUACAUUGGUAUGAAUGUUUCUACCCAUGUUCUAAUGACCAGUAUUAAAGGAGUCCCUAUGUCAGUAAUGUUGAAGGAGAUCUGAUGGGUUUAAAAUGUGUUGGGUCUACAAUGGAAAAGGCUGUCAUAUUACACCAUAUACAGCAAUUAAGUGCAAAAUGAUGUAUUAGUUAAGGUAACUUAAUGCAAGGUAUGUGUUGAGUAUCACAGAGAGUAGUAAUUUCUAUGGGUUAUGGAAUCAGUGGUCACUUAACAAACAGGUACUGCACUGAAAAGAAGCAUCUCCUGCCAAUGUCACAUAAAGCCCCUUACAAAUGAAGCAUGUCACCAUAAGUAAUAGAUUAAAUCUGUAGGCUUCAAGUGUUCAUCAUCUAACAUACAGACAGUUGAGUAAUAGUCCACAUAUAGGGCCCUAAUUUACAUGAAGUAUAAAGUCCGUCAACAAGCUACAAGUGUCUAUAUGCAUGAACUAUAGCUAUUGUAUGGCAUGUGGGAGCACUGAACUGGCUCACCAAUGUUUGCAUUUAAGGGAAAUUGAUUUUGCCUUGCUAAUAAAUAAGCUUCGGUUAGACUUAA